AUGGUGCAACUUGCCGGUCUCUGCGUUGUAAUUUAUCUUUUUUCCAUCGCUUCGUCGUCACAGUCGCUGAAUUGUACCAAGGAUGACUAUGUUCAACAAAUUCUGCCUUGCGAUUCUCGAUCUCUGACUCGAUCCGUGGUUUAUUACCUGAACUCCUCUACAUGGUAAGCGUUUUACAUGUAGCAGUUGCAGUGAUGCCAACUCUCCCGCUUUUGGCGGGAGACUUACGCUUUUUUGCCUCGUCUCCCGCUCUCCCGCUUUGGUACAUAAAUCUCCCGCUUUUUACGUCCACUACAAAUAUUGAAAAAUACUAAAAUAUUAAAAAAUAUAUUAAAACAGACUUAGUUUGAGAUUUAGCCCAUUUUUAGCGCAAAACUUGAAUUUUUCUUAUUCGCAGUACGGUUUCUGGGGCAUUUUUCUCAAUUUUGCUCGUAUUUAGUCACUGACAAAGAUUAUUUCUAGCAUCAAAACGAUGAUUUCGAAUUUUGAUGGUAUGUACAUCAUGUAAGACGUCAAAUAAUGUCGUAAGUCAUUCCCAUUGUGGGCUGGGUCAAUUUUUCGGGGGGGUUUCGUUGAAGUUCCGGGGGGGUAGUGAAAAAAAAAGACAGUCUCCCGAUUUUAGCUCUCCAGAGGUUGGCAUCUCUGCAGUUGUUUCAGUAAAUCUUGACAUGAUUUAAGUAUUACAUGCUCAAUUGCAAAUGAUGUUGAUUUUACAUGCUUUGAGAAGGUUACUAUUUGGAGAUCGUGCAGCCUUAAAAAAGCUAGCAUGUCGAUACAGUUUUAACUAUGGCGCUUCGCUGGCCCAACUCUCAAAUGAAGUCGCAAACAUUCCUAAAUUGCUACGAUGUGCAAUGUACAACGUACUUUUCAAACAAGACCUUCUGUGAUGUGAGCCGAUCAACAGUUCCAGCUUUCAUGUUAAGGCAGUCAGUGCUAGCGUUGCUUUUGCUGAUGCGGCUUAAAAUUAAGGUGAUUCGAUCCAUGCACUCAAUAUGACUCUCCUGCAUGUGCACGCGUGGAUAUCUUUGGAAUCAACUUUUCUGAGAUCUACCCCAGACUUUUCCGCACAUUCCUUCCUCAAAACUUACUUGUUUCGAGCAAAAUGAGGCACCGAAGGCACGUCGCCUUGAGAGUUUUAUAAUUGUCGUCACGUUCGAAUCGCGUGUACCGUGCGUGGUGUUAGCGACCUGCAGAGUCAGCCGGCCCAUCUAUACUUGUAUUUAACAAUUAUUCGCCGAAGGCGAAGUUAAUAUUGUUGAAUAAUCCCCGAGACGAAGUCGAGGGGAUUAUUCAACAAUAUUAACUGAGCCUGAGGUGAAUAAUUGUUUUAGUAUAUUCACACGAAGUGAUCUCAACAGAAUCAGAAAGAAAACCAUUAAAAAACGAUUAGUUUAAUUGACAGGUGGAUUCAUGCGUGAACACGAAGCCGUAAACAGUGGAUGCGCAAAAGUUAUAUCUUUACUGUAUCUUCAAACGUGGCAAAUGAUAGUUUUAAUCUUUUUGUAUCGAGUUUUCUAAGCUUUAGCAUCAACGGUUUUAAUAAAAACGCCGAAAAUUUAAAUUACUACCCAAUUCUGAGAAGAAAAGUAGAGCUUUAUUUGUUUCUGUCAACUCACCGUGAAUGAGAAAGUUUUCUUUGUCGCUUCUUGCAAAUGCUGUCAACAGCGGCUACGAUCAAGGUGCCCGUUGUUUAUCUCCAAUGUUCUUUGCCUUGUUAACUUGCUGGCACGUACAAUAUUCGAAAAUAUUUGCCUUCCUCUUUUCUCCAUAAAUUAACUUCUAUUUAUAGGCAAAAUUGGUCUUACGAGAAAAUCCCGAAAUCACAAAACAGUGACAAAGCGACCUCGUUUUCCUCAGUAGUGGUAAACAUAGCUUCGAGCGUACAAAAAGUCAGCUACAGUAAACCACUUAACGCUGUUUAAACACCAUGAAGUCUUUUCUUGCCCUCAAAGUCAUCAGCACUUGGAUAUUCGUGUAUUUUCAAAAACACUUUACUAUGAAACUUUGGCAAAACACCCAGUUCACGACAGCGAUUUUGUUCUGCUUUAUAUUCACCGAAUGGGCUCUGAGUCAAUAGCCCAUGAGGCCUUCGGCCUCAUGAGCUAUUGACUCAGAGGCCAUAAAACGGGAGGAAUAAUAAUUGUUUUAGUUAAAUUCAACUAGUUGGUCAAAAAUAUCGAGAAUAAAGAAAAUUUAGCUACUUAAUAGUCCGAGAUAGCUAACCAAUCAGAUUGCUUGAAUUACCAAGAUCACUGAGUGUGUAUAUACUAAACUUGUAUAUAUUGUGAUGGUCUGCGCCCUUACGUCAUCUAGUGUGUGACGUCACGGAAUAUUUUGUGUUUCCAGGUAACACCGAAGAGUGUGUUGCUUUGGUCGUAUAUCUAUCAAUUUGGUUUUUUAGCAGCUGUUUUAGGAGUCAGUAAGUGCUUUUUGCAAUGAAUUUCGAACACAAAAGUACUUUUAAGAGCAAAUGGAAGCGAUUCUGGAUAAUUUGCCUUAAGAUAUGAGUGAAAAUCAACGUAAAAAUAUCUUUGAAUUCAUGUUUAAUAGGGCUCUAUCAACUUUAUACAGGUGGCGCUGGCGGAAGUUCUAGGGGAAAGGUUUAAUGAAAUAUUUUCCAAUUCUUGUCACCUCAGUGUGUUCCAUGUGGCCUAGUGGUAAUGAUACGGCCUGGCGUGCAGAAGGUCCUGAGUUCGAAUCGGGAAGAACCUGUUUUUCUCUUCUCUUCUUUUUUUUCUUUUUCUUUUCGAGUGUAAAGUAUUAAUGAGUCAAAUGAGUCAUGAGUCAUGAGUCAAUGAGUCAAUGAGUCAGAUCUGAAAAAAUAAAAGUUUCGGUAGAAACAAUAAAAUUAAGCAUUACUUUUACUGAUUUUGUCUACUACCUUCAUUGCUGCCUGCACAAGGCCUAUUUCUGACAUGAAAUCUCGCCCUAGGCUGUUUGUUAGCAGUUCUCAGGCCCUGCCGCAUAGCAGAAGCGAAAAAUAAGCCAGCCUAAAUUUUGUGAGUGCAUCGGAAGAAAGUGUAUAAUUCCCUUUGAACACAGCGCUUAAAGUAAAUUGAGAUAAACCUAUUAUGGAAUUUCCUAGCGCUCAAAGACUCAAAUCUGGGAACAGUCGUUCUUUGAUAUUCUGUGUGUUGAUGUUUGGGCCCGGUUUGAAGUAGAAAAUCGGUCAUGAGUGCGUUUUAUAUCCGUAUCGGUAUGUUACUCAUUAGCCUACGAUCAUGCCCUCUCCCUUUGUCUCUAUAAUCUGUUUUUUUCCCUCUCGAGCCAAAAAAGCAAAGAAGCAAAAAAAUUAUAACGCCUGAUCUCAGGUUAGUUACUCAUUAGCUUGUCAUGCUGGUGUAAAGGUAAGUAUCCAGGGCACUAAGCGUCCGUUCCAACAAUCAAUAGCAGAGUUGUUUUCAGUUGAUAAUCUUCCCAAUAGUUUAGUUCACCACUUUUUCCAAUCAGUUUUACUUGCCUCAAAAUGUGAAUGAUGCUACAAGGCGAACAAACUGAAUUACAAUUUUUGUAAUUUGCCCGAGGAGGGGUAUGAAACUGCAAGUCGAACAGUUGUACACAGUCAGUGUUUAUAUUAGAAACAUACAGUGUAGGAAGUAUUACUGUGUGCCCAUUGUAAUUUUACGUAGUAGUAGCAGCAGGGCCUGGAAUACUGCUAACAAACAGCCCAAGUUGAGAUUUCAUGUCAGAAAUAGGCCAGAAAUAGACAAAUUAAGUAAAAGUUAUGCUUAAUUUUAUUGUUUCUACCGAAACUUUUAUUUUUUCUGAUCUGACUCAUUGACUCAUUGACUCAUGACUCAUGACUCAUUGACUCAUUUGACUUAGUUUAGUUAUGGCAGUUUUCUUUUGUUUCUUUAUAUACUGUAUUUAUUUGGCUAUAAGCCAAGCGAUUUUUACACAAACUAAAGCUAAAGUUCAGUGAUAUUUGAGCCCAAGAGGGGGUCUCGGCUUAUAGCCAAGAGUUUUUUACAAAAAUGUUUUUCAGUGCAUUGAAACUCUACUAAACGGGGAUGUAUUCACUUACAAGCCGAGCAUAUAGCAGUGGCAAAAGAUCGAAUCAAUCGCGGUGUAUGACAUUUGCAGACUGCAGACUGCAGACCGCAGACUGCGGACAGCAGACCGCAGACUGCAGAUUGCAGAUUGUAAAUUAAAAGACACCAAAAAUCUUCCUAAUAAAGGUGAAACCAUCAAAAAUAUAACAUCGUGUGAAAGUGAGAAAGUAGCCUGGGAACAAGGUUGAUGUUUUUGCGCAAAGUUACAUUGGCCUCAUUUCCAAGAUGCUGUUGGCUAUUCUUCACCGACGCGACUCUUUAUUGACUCACCCGGCAUAUUACUAAUUGCGUUGAUUCUUUAUUCUUCUUUGAUUAUUGUGAAUUGAUAAUGACAAGUAGCAAUGCCCAUUAAUGCCUGUCUAAAUAGUAGUCUUCCGUAAAAAAAAAGUGUUUAGAUUGCUAGCACUUCGUGCUCACUACGGUUACAAAAACAACUAGGAUAGAUCACAGACAUUUAACACCUUUUAAAUGACGUAUUUCACCUUAGCAGUAUUCAAGGAUAUGCCAAAUAAUCUAAACCGAACAGAUCCUACCUGGACUCGACGAAUUACCGGAAGUGCAUAUUGAAUUUCUAAAUAGGCAAAUCGACGAUGGCUUUUUUAACAGGCCAAUCAUUGCUCAUGCUCAAAUCACAGUUGGGGUCCCCGUAGAAUAAGGAUUCCGGCGCUGUUUCACAGACAGACUUAUAUAACCAGAGUUUAGUUUCGUCUGUGGUGCAGGCUAAAUUGCUAGCCUGUUGCUAUGGAUUCAUGAGCGAGUUUGUGACAUCGGCAGACAUUAUUCUGCUCUAAUUCAAUACGAGACGAACACCCAACAACUCCUUCAGGAAUCAGGUCGGUGUAAUUUGCGUGAAAAAACUUCGCUUCUAGGCCUUACAUGUACUUCUCGGAACAAGGUAAUGUUGAUGAUGACGCCACCUUGAUUAGUAUUUUUGGUUUCAUUCAAUUUAGAGUCUUGCUGCCUCAUGCACAGGGACACCCAACGACAGUUAUUAGCAAAUUCUCAAUACUACAUAAAAACAUGAUGCUAAGACCAUUUUGAAAACACUUUUUCAUUUUUUUUUCUUGCUGGGAAAAGAAGAGCUGUUCCGCACUCCCAGGAUGACGUUGCGAAAAUUUUCAGCUCCCAGCCAGGUAUGGGGGAAUAUUCCCAGCCAGCAGACUUUGUGUUAUCAGUUCCCAGCAGAAAUCUGCCUGGAUUGCGUUCACGGGACGUUGCACGAGGACUUUGGCGCUAACAAAAACUGCUCAAACCAGUUCAAACCAGCUUUUCCUGUAACUGCGAUUAGUCGAGGGCAGCGGAGAUCGCCUUGUGAAAGUUGAUGUCUCCACGUCUAUAUAUUAUACAUUGUUAUGUAACAGUUUCUUGUCCAGUCUCCCUGUAUUUCCUUCUGUUCCAGCCAGCUGAACUUGAAAUGUUGGUAAUUCCCAGCCGAAGUCUAUGAAAAUAAAUAUCUUGCUAGCCAGCUGAAUUUCCAAUGCGGAACAGAUAUUUUGCGGAACACCUUCGUUGGGUGCACCUGCAUGCAGUCUGCAGUCUGCUGUCUGCGGUCUGCAGUCUGCGGUCUGCGGUCUGCGGUCUGCAGUCUGCAGUCUGCAAAUGUCAUACACCGCAAAACCAGGUCUCAAAACCGAAAUCUCACAUUGGUAAGCCUUUUACAAUGAGGGAAUGAAGGUGUAAAACAAAUGAAAGAUGUCAAGGAAAAUCCAAUGUGUAAACGAAAAUUAUCCGCCUGCAUGUUGUUUGGAACAUGUGCUUCCAAACAUAUGCCUGGUUACUAAGCACAGACGAGAGCAACGCUGAUGUAGUUCGUUUUGAUUGAAAGGUAUGUGAUCAUUUCAAGCAUUAUGCGACGAAGUGAUAGCAGCGAAAACCCAAACAACAAAUAUGAAUAUUGUAUGUUUCCCUAGAGUCAAAAGAGAAGGUCAUUUUUUUUUUCAAAAUUAUUAAGUUUCAAGUGCAGUAGCUAAAAGUAUGGUCUCGGCUUAUAGCUGGGUGUUUUGCAUUUAUCUUUCGUUCUUGGUGAUGCUGAUUCUACAAGUUUAAAGUUCAGCGAGGGUCUCGACUUAUCGCCAAGAUCGGCUUAUGGCCGAAUAAAUACGGUAGCUUAAAUUUUUUUAAAUUUAUAAAUUUUCUUCCUUAUUGCCUUAUUUCCCUUUCAACUUCUUGUCGUUCCCCUGAAGUCCUUCGCGAGGUCCUUUGAUUCACGUAAUUUUAUAUUUCUAGAAGAGUGGUUUCCAGAAUCUUGCAUUUGGCAAGUAUAUUUUCUACAAUGAGCUCCUACCCUGGAAUACCCUUCUAGCAGAGCUGCCCCUCUUACCCACUUGCUAGGCAGUGAUAUAAAUAAGCUAGUACUAGUUACAGUUGAACCUCUCGGUACGGACACCUCUCUAAUAUGGACACCUCUUUAUUACAGACAGUUUCCUAUGUACCGACAAAAUUCUCAUACAUUUCCUCUAAAAAAAACUUCUAUACUACGGACCCUCUCUAAUACGGACAACGGACACAAAGUCUCGGCCCUUGGGAGAAAAUUCAAAUUCUUUAUUAUGGACACUCCGGGACAAGGUGUCGAAAAUUUGUGGUAUAUGUACCAUUUCCUCUUGGCAGUUACACAAACAUUGACACUUUAUCAGUCAGCAAUACCAACACGAGAACAAUGUUUUAGGCGAAGUAUUUUGUUUUGUUCCAAAAUUCGUAUGUACUGAGCAUGUAGCUUCUGAGAAGUACAAUAACAUUAAUCAAUUAACAAGACACUGAGUUUUGGGCUUGAUUUUACUUACUGAACACUCUAAUCUGUCAGUACUUGUGGGGUCUUAAAAGUGACAUAAUCAUAGUGACCUCUCUAAUAUGGACACCUCUCUCAUACGGACACUUCGAUCUUUCCCUUCGGUGUCCGCAUUAGAGAGGUUCAACUGUAUCCCUUAGUGACUGAAUGUAAGCAAAACUAUUAUAAUUCAAGUAGUUUAGGGUGCAAAACGUUACAAAAACAAACAAACAAACAAGCAAACAUUACAAAGAAAAAGACAGUGACAUUUGAAUCUCUGCAGUGCAUUUCAGUAAAUUUUUCUUUAACACUAGGGAUUGCUUGAUCGACUUUGUCAGAAUAGAUUGGGUUCAGCAUAAAAACAGACAAAUUAUUUCCUUAUGCUCAUAUUUUUGAUUCAAGCAAAAUGCUGGUGGUAUUGUUAAAGUUGCAUGGUCACUAAUGGAAUUAGGUUAAUUAGCUGAACAAAACAAACUCUUUGAUAAUUUGCAGUACUGGUGGUGAGUUUCCUCCUAAACCUCAACAUAACAUACCCUGUGUAUGCGCUCCUGGUAAUGGCCUUGAAGGAAACAGCCCCACCAAUCACACAUGCACUCCAUGUGCAAUUGGAGAGUAUGGAUCAGGGGGGGAAAUCAUCAAUAAUUGGAGGGAUUGGACUGGAAAUGGCACAGUACCUCCUGAAGGAUCAGGUCUUAUUACAUACUGUGACACUUCAAGCUAUUAUUAUUUCAAAAGUUGUGGGGCAUGGAAAGCAAGUGGUAAGCAAGGAUAAUAUUAUUUUUAAAAAUUGAUUGAAUAUGUUAAGAAUGAGGGCGAGUGCUUCUUCGUAGGGUUCCACAAACACCGAGAAACAGAUGAAACCCCAAGGUCAUAGGUUAAUAUGCUUUUAUCUCUCUCGAGCUGUUUGGAACCCAUUAUAAAGUGCAAAGCCCGAAUUUUUGACAUGUCUUAUUAAAUGAAACAAUAAGAAAUUAUUCAGUGACAUGUUUUUUUCUGGUAUGUAAUUGCAUUGUUUCCAUAUAAACAUCUCAUUAAAAUGCAAGUGUUUGAUCUCCGGUAAUAAACGUGUUUCAUCUGUUAGGCUGAGCGAUGCCGCACCAUAGUUUUCACACAAGAUAACGUACCACUCAAGUAGAAGUAACAACACUGAUUUUAUUUGUCUUGGUAAAUCAUAUUUAUAAACAUUAUUAUUAAGGCGUUUCUUAAGUGGAGAUCUACGUAGCAAACCAAAAGAACAUUUUUGGCACAUAAUACUCAAGCGAUAAUGAAAGUGGCGGAUUACACCACAGUUUAUACUAAGACUAUUAAACAUAAUGGUGAUGCGAUAAUUGUGAUAUCAGAGCAUGUAUUCUAACACAUCUCAGAUGAAAACCUGGUGGUGACGUUUUACAUGAUGUUUCAUUAGGUAUCAAGGUUCAUCCAUUGUACCCAAAUGGACGUCAUCUAUUGGCUUUUGACUGCAAGAAUUAUUCAUGAGUUUGAUAGCCAGCAGUGCAGGCAUUUUCUUUGAGCGCCCGAGAAUUUGCUCGCGAAACUUCCCGAAGAGAGGAGGAGAUGGGGCGAGUCAAAGGGAGUGCGGAGGGGGCAGGAAGAGAGAAGAGAUUUUUUUUCUCUCCUCCCCCUCCCCCUUUUCCUUCUUUCGCCCUCGCACCUACCGUAAGGGUUACUAUUUCUACUCUCCCCAAUCUUCCACUAUCAUGAAAUCAAAGAUGGCGGCUACCACAAUAUUUUGAACACGAACAAGGUUUCGCCGAACCAAAAUACGCCUGCACAGCUGCAGGCUAUGAGUUUGAGAGCUUGCUAGUUUCCUGUCUCUAUGGCCCUUCCGCCCAAUCUCAAUAAAAAAUAAUAACAAUUAUUGAACGAGGUUGAACAAAAAUAUUGUGAUUUGUCAGUGGUGAGCAGAUCAAUAUUUGCCAAAGCUGAAUGCUAAGUCAAAUAAUAUUGAUCUGCAAGUUCGCAAAGUUUGUUUUUUAAAGAAUAUCUUUGGGAAGCGAAGCAAUCUGCCAUUUUCAUGCAAGAGCGAUCGCAAGAAGGAGAAAAGCUUGGUUUCAUUCGUGCAUGAGCAGAAUAUUAUUUGCAGCCAAAAAAAGAUGGACAACAUUGUGCACUUUAAGCAGACCAUUAUUUGUAGGCAGUUAUUUGCAGGUCACGUGGUGAGGUCUCGGCCAAUGAAAAGGAAGAAAAAUUUGCAAUGAAUGAUAAUUAUUUUUAUUUUCAAUUCAGACCUUUCAUUGACCCUUUAACUCUUUAAGUUCUGAUAUCAAUGUGUAUAUUCUCCUCACUGCUCUGCAAAUGUUUCUUAUUAAGUACUGAGCACUUGUCUACUGAGAGAAUUUGUUAAAACAUCAAGACAUUUCAUCAUCAGUGAUUAUAUCAGUUGUGACAUUCGUUCUCAUAUUGACCUUUAUGUUGGAUCUGGUUGUAAUAUUGUUAAAGGAGAAAAAAAGUUUGAUGGUUGGGUCUAGAGUGUGGCUAGAGCAAGUUUUUCUUAGCCUAGUGAUGGAAAAGCUGAAAAAAAAAGUGUGUAGCAGUUAAACAAAAUACAGUUGAAUCGCGCUUUAAGGACACUUCAUUAACACCUAUGUGUUGUAAUAAACCUUUUCUUCUUGAAGGUAAAUAAUCUCUCAGUUGACAGCAUGUUGAUGUUCCCAGCACUACAGUACACCAGAUAGGAUGAAUUGUAGACGUUAAUUUUAAGACUUUGGCAUCCAAUGAGUCAGUUAUGCUUCUGUUGGUUUAGUCCACAGAAUUUUGGCUUUUUGAAGGAUAGAGAUGUUUACUUUGAUGUUGCCAAGUUAUGUCCUCUUUUAUGUCUUAGGCAUUUUGUGCUAAUAAAAGUUGUUGUCUUAUAACUUAACCCUUUAAGUCCCAGUGGUGACCAACAUCAAUUUUCUCCUAACCAUAUCCAUAGAUUGUCAAGAGAUUAGGUUAUGAGAAUUAAUAAAAUGAUCACCUAAGAGAAAUGCUUUGAUCUUUUAUCAAAUUCUCUCAACUGAUUCUUUAAGGAAAUGUAUAGAGAUCAGUUUGGAGAAUUCGUAUGUGGAUAUUGGGGCUUAACAUAAUCUGCUUAAUACAGACACUUUCUAUGGACCCUUCAGUGUCCAUACUAAUGGGUUUUGACUGUAAAAAUCUCUCAGGGAAGUACUUUAUAAACACCAAUAAUUAUUAUUACUAUAUGCCUUUAUUAUUUUAUCUUUUAUUAUGCCUUUGUUUGUUUGUAAGCAAUUCCAUUUUUUAUUGAUUUACAUAGCUGAUAACUACACACUUGAAUCUGGUGACAAUCAAAGGUCAAGGUGCCUGGUUUCUGUAUUACUGAUGACCAAGAAGUUUGUUUUGACUAACAACAGUGUUAGUUUUGACUAUCGUGUAGACAGCCGAGACUGCAGACCUGAAUUCUUUGGAUGCGAUGGUCUAGGUUUCUUUAUUGAUGGUCAGCAAGUACUACAAUACCAAGGAAACCAGUUUCACUGGGUUACAAAGACUUAUAAUUUAAAGAAGGUAAGUUUGAAUCAAACUUUGCCUGCUGAUAGCGUUAUGCUUCAUAAAAAAACAGCUGGGCUCAAAAAAUUGACAUUGGCCAUUCAUGUUGAUCAGCCCAACAAAUUUUUUGUUUUGAUCAUUGUUUGUUUGUGACUAGUCAAAAUGUAUAGAAAAUAUGUAUUUUAAGGUUAAAUAGUCAAGCAAUUAAAGUAAAAAAUAUCCCCUUGUAAGCUCACAAAUUUGAAAAUAGGAAAUCUACAUUGUAUGGGGCAACAUAUAACUCACAGGAGCAUUAAUGAAAAAAAGGAAUAAAUUGUAUUGAAUAUUUUUAGAUGAACAAGAAAACAUGCAAUCUUGUUAAUGCCACCCCUCAGUACCACAGGGUGUCCAAAAAACAAAACAUACCACCCUCAGUACCACAGGAUACCCAAGAACCACUGAAUGCCACCCUCUCAUUUCCACAGAAUGCUCAGGAUUAGCAUUUGUCCUUAGCAUCAAUUAAAAUAUAGCAAAAUGACCUGUUAGUUUUGGUUUAUGUGUCUAUGAAAAUGUGCUUGUGAAGGAGAUCAAUUAAAACAUACUGUCUUGUGAAGCAAAAUAGACCUGUCUGAACAGCAAACCUCAUUUUGACAAACAUCAUCUGUAAGUUUGAUAUUUGUUUAGGUAGCCAAGCUCGUCAAAUGCUAAAAUUCAUACUUGUAUUCUAGGGUUCCCAUACACUGAAGUGGGUUUUUCGGAAGAGGUGUUUUCGUUAUGGAUAUUUCUUCCUAGACAAGGCUUUUCUCCGUUCUAUAACCUUGGUAAGUCACACAUUUUGUAAUGGUAAUUAAUAGAACUAAGUGGAGUUAAAUUUUGGUCUGUUAUAAUCAUCAUCACUAGGGGCAGACACAGAUCCAAACCAACUUUCAUCACUUUUUAGAAAACUGUCAGAUAUAUUUGACAAGAGGAAAUGAAACUCUUGAUAAGAAAAUUUUUAGGAGAUUUAUUCCAGACCUGGUGUUGCUUGCAGUUAGUAAUGUUUAAAUUAAAAAAAAAACAGUCCAAUCAGUCAUGGUUGAAAUUUAGAAUCCAUGGCAAUAUUGGAGACAGAAAUAAUGGCAACUUUUUGGCUAUUAUAAGAGACUUUGGUGUUGGAUUAAUAUUGGCAAUGUGACUUCAGAUAAUUAACUACGAACAGUCAACUCCCUUUAUUGCGGACACUGUAUGGACCUUGAGUUAGUGUCCUGUCCGUAUUAUCGGUAGGCUUAGAGUUGACUGUAAUAAGUAUUGAUUUGCCAAAUUCCACGCACCUCUGUUAAUUUUCACCCAAGUGUGUCAACUAUAUCAAAGGUUCAAAAAAUAAAAGUAAGGAUAUUACAUUACGUUUCUCCUUCAUUAAAAAGUAUUUGUUUAAUUUAUGUAAUUAAAAAGACUGUGUAUUCUUUAGGUUGGCACAGAUGAACCAAGCGUGAAAUGCAAACCUUGUCCACCAGGUUACUUUAGUAAUCAAGAAGGUGCUUCAGAAUGCACUGCGUGUUCAUAUUUUCAGUUUCAGGCGAAAGAAGGUUUGUGCAUUAUUUAUCACAUAAUAGACCUUUGUCACAAUGAUGUACAGAAAUUCCCCCUCUCAGCUAUUCUUUCAAUUCACAAUCAUCAUGAGAGGUAGAUGAGACUGAUUAAGACUGAUCUAUAAUUCCUUCGAGCUCCAGAGGUCAAUAUUAUUAUUUUUACUGCUAAUUCAUGACAGUUGAUAUACAUUUGUCACUAUGAGUAAUGCAUCAAACCAGAAUUUGAGACUAUAUCCAAGUCGUUACAAAGCGCUUGGGUUCAAAGAAUGAAGAAUGGUGUAGAGGAUCAGUGGAUGUUAAUUCCUUUAUUUUAUUUGAAAAAUGUUGGAGGGCCAUUUAUUUUUGAUUGUGAUUAUGAUGUAAAAUUUCUAGGCCUAAACAACUUACCAAUAUUUUACGCUGAUGUUCUUAACACCUGGGCGGAAGUCCGAGAGCAAACUUCGGACAAUGAAAUCUGUGUUGAGAAUGUAAUCUUAUGGAAUAAUAAGCAUAUUUUGAUAGACGGUAAAUCAGUAUAUUGGAAAGAAUGGCAUGAAGCCGGUAUACUUAGAAUUAAAGACCUACUAGAUGAAAAAAACGGAUUCCUCACACUUAAUAAGUUUCUUUUAAAAACUGGCCUCAAGGCGCCUUUUACUAAGUUAUUUGGUUUAAUAUCAGCUAUACCUUAUAGAUGGAAGUGCGCUUUGAGACCGGGAUUUAUCAUGAACAAUCAAGAUAUGGAACAAAAUACAACUAAGGAAAUUAACGUGGUUACUAGCAAGAAGGUUCGCAAUAUACUUAUUCAAAGGAAAUUUGUAGAACCGUUGGCUAGCCUUCGACUAUGCAGGCAAGGAUUGGACAGUUCCAAACUUAGUUCCAUUUAUAUGCUUCCAUUUAAAAUAACCAAAGAAACAAAAUUAAGCAUAUAUUUCAAUAUAAGAUUGUUCAUAAUAUUCUUCCACAUGGGGUUCUUCUACACAGAAUGAAAAUCGUAAACUCUCCUCUCUGCAUACAUUGUGAUUCCCUAGAAACGCUCUCCCAUAUGCUAGUUAACUGUAUAGUAGUUCAAAAGUUUUGGUUUGAAGUAAUUAGCUGGUGGAAAACUCACAGUGGUGAAUGUUUGCUAUUUGAUGACUUAAGUAUAAUGUAUGGCUAUAAUCCGAAGAUCCUAAAAAGGCAAAUCCUUAACUAUUAUAUCCUUCUUGGCAAGAGACAUAUCUUCCUGCAAAGGAGCGAAAUUAAACCCCAAGCUUUGAUCACUUUCUUGAAUUCGUUAAAGACAAGUUAAUUGUGCAAAGAUCGAUUUUUAUUCAAAGGACAAAAAGCAAAAUUUCUUUCACAAUAGAAGCCUCUCCUCUCCUUACUGUAAAUGAUUAUAAUCUAAUCUACAUUAUCGUGAAGCAAGCCUGGUUGCAGUGUAUGUUGUAUUAAUCGUUGGAAUCUUAAUUCUUAAUUAUAAUUUUUUGUAACCUUAAAUUUUGUACUGAAAGUGUUGUAAGUGAUGUAGUGGUAAUAAAGAUCUCUGUUAAUAAAAAAAAAAAAAAAAUCAAAGCAAAUGAAAUUUGUCUUAUCUGGUAUAUCUGCUGCAUUGUGAGUUCCUAGACUGAACAUAAUUUCUCCCAAUUUGUGGCAACCUAUCCGAAUUGAAAAAGAGCUGAUUAUUAUGUUAAAAUACCCUUUCUUUUGUUGCAAUAUUAAGAAAACUUGCAUAGCUGUUGGCCAUGUGAGUGAAACGCUCCAUAGUUCCUUCAGUAUAUAUAGUAGGUAAUUGUCAAUCAACCACUUUUACAACUGUCGCUGGUUUUUGUGUAUAGUAUGGUCAAUUAUUUUGCCUUGUUAUUAGAUCUAUUUUUGUUUGUUUGAUUUUUUUUUUGAAGAAAGAACUUGUAUCUGAUAAGAGCUCAUUUUUGAAUAUGUGCAUGUUUUCAGGUCAGGCGAAAUGCGACCCUUGUCCAACAAACACCUUUGCCAUGAUGGGUGCCUCAAAGUGUAUCCUGUUACCUAAAUGCACAAAGGAUGACAUCAUUAGCGCCCCUGGAAACUUGAGUACAUGUUCCUGUAACAACAAUACUGGUGUGUGUACAACCACAGUACAAGAAAAGUUUGUCACCGUUACCUUAAAAGGUGAGUCAACUUACUGUAAAUCCUCUAUUUAAGCCCCCCCCCGGGGGGGGGGGGCUCAUUAUUUCAAGCUCAUAUUUGGGGGGGGGCUUUAUAGAGACAGGGGCUUAUUUAAUUUAAAAUUGAUGAUGGUACCAGUUGUCCAUAAAGAACUAGAAUACAAAGUGGAUAAGCUUAAGAACAAGAAGUUUUAGGUUAUGCAGCCGAGGAUGAGAAUUUAGAGUCGUGAUUGAUUUAUACAGUCUUAGUAAAAAAUAAUUAGCGGAGGGGAUGGGGGCUUAAUAGAGAGGGGGGCUCAUUAACUUUCGCCCCAAAAAAAGUCUUGGGGGGGCUUACUAGAGGGAGGGGAGUUAUUUGAGAGGGGGGGGCUUAAUAGAGGAUUUAGGGUAAUACACAAAUUUUUUUUUUUUUAAUUGUUGAUACAGAUGGCAGCCUGAGAAGCCACCUCUGGUUUUGUGGCAAAGUGAUGUCUGAGAAAUGAGUGCACAAAUUCUACACUGAUGAUGCGUCACUACCCAGAUCUGGGUAAUGCUUUUGUUUGGUUGAAGCAAAUUGUUUGGUUGAAGCAAAAUGCGGAACGGCCCAUUAGAAGCACUACGGAGAUCUGGAUAGUGAUGUGUCAUCAGUACAUAAUUUCUUGUGCAUGUUUCUCAUACAUCAAUUCAUGGUCAAACCAGUGAUGGCAUCGCAGAAUGUUGGCUGUUUUCUCAGGCUGGAUGUGGCAUGGGCAAUUGAUUAGAGCACUAGACUUGCAAUCUGGAGACCACACUUUCAAGUCCUGCCCAGAUUGCUAGCUGACAUUGAUCUCAAUAGUUGCAAGUUCAAAUCCUUUCUGCCCUACUUAUAAUUAGCUAACUGGUUUUCUGAAACAAUAUGAUCUAAGUAACAAUUCUUAGAGAAAUUAAAAAAUGCUUCAUGCUCAGUCUCUUACUAAUAAAUUAUUUCCUCUAUCAUAGUUUAGGAUAGUUAUGAAGCCUGACAGACUUCUUUGUUUUAUGUUUUCGUUAGCUUUUUUAGAUUUGACCAUGCACAACGUUCAAUAACAUUCCUAUCAUUUUGAACUUACUGAGCAACAGAAACAUCGCAUUAAUUUAUUCAGUCACAGUUUGUGAACACGAAACAAAGGAUUGUACAUUGUCAGGGAGCUUCCAACAUAAACUGCAGCACUGUUGUUUUCAUCUUUGAUGGUUGCUGGCUUUUAUAACCAGUCUGCUUUACUAACUAUGUCUUCGUGUGUUAUUUUGAAAUGAUUGUUAGAACUGUUUCUGGGUGUUAAAGAGGGGGGCAGAAUGGGACACUAGAAUACCGAGGGGAGGGCCCUUGAAGCAAAAAAUGGGAACCCAACCAAUAACCAUGCUAUAUUGUGCUGACUGGAUUUUUUAACCUGGUCAUGGAGAAGCUUGGGUUUCUCGACCAUGGGGGAAAAAAUUAAUACUGAUUUAACGGAAACCGCAACAUACUGCAUGCCAUUUCCAGAGUACAGGGAAGGGAUAAAUUACCCUUUGACCAAUCCCUAAUUAAUAUUAUAAGCAGUCUGCCAUUUUUUCUGUAUAAAUGACUGCCACGAAGAGUGAUGGUGCCAUUACCACAUUUGUCACCUCCUAUGUGAAUUGGGCAGGAUCCUUUAUCUGUUAUCCUGCAAGCAAGCUCUCUGGGGGGGCUUUAGUGGUGGGGCAAGAAAGGAGAGCACCCCACCACCAGAACACCUCAGAGAGCUAGCUUGCUCGCACUGACGCUAUUUAUCCGUACAGUAUGUGGUCCUUGGUCCGUGCAAGUCUGCGAUGCCCUUGGUCCGCACCUUUUCCGAAAAUGAUAAAAUAUUUCGUCGAGAAAAAAAAUACGUUGAAUAAUGAAAGAUAUCGUGAUUUACUGAUUAGCAUUCUUUCAUGUGACGAAGUUUCGGCUUUCUUGCUGCGGGUGAAGGCGCGAAAUUAAAGGUUGUUGACAGGUAGGUUAAUUUGUCUUUCUUGAAGUUUGGAUUUUUGCGGCACCGUAAAUUACAUGAACAUGUUUACUUAGCCUGCGAAUAAAUAAAACGCAAUGGGAAGACGUGCCUUUUUGCAGAACAGGUUUUCAGAUCAACUUUUUUCUGCUGUUGGAAGCAUAUUGCUGUAGACUCUGAAUUUUUUGUUUUAUCGACUCUUGAAGAAUAUCACCAAAUUUCGCUUGGCGGUCCUUGGUCCGCGACCUAUGACCUGGUUGAAUAAAACUUCGCAAAAUAAAAAGCGAAGUCCUUUGUUUUCGAAGAAUGUUUUGAAAAUCGUCCCUAUACAUGUCUACAAGUUCUCUUUUUUAAUACCUCGAAUACAUACAGAGUUUUUGGUAAUUAUUUUCGACCGCGCUGAAAGCCGCUCGCGACGCUCGUGUGGGAGACUCGAGGAGACUGUUGUCUGAAGUCUUUGAAAGAAGAGCAGAUUAUUUUAUACUCACAACAUCUUCCGAAAAAAACCUUUAACUUAAUUGCAUCAAGAAAAGAAAAAAAAUACAUGAAAUUUGUGAAAAUGACAUUUUCCUGUGGAAACUAUAACAUUUUUACGUUUUUUUCGUGCUGCUUACAUGAGACGCGGACCAAGGACCACCAAGGACCAUCGAAAACGGUCGCCUUUUUUCGAACUCCAAGCAAAAUAUUUAUGUCUGGAACUUGAAACUUCAGGAUUAUCGAGAAGAACGUAAAAGCUAUCUUCAGGGAGUAUUUCAGCUCGUUACGUGAAAAUUCGGGUAAGAUAUUCAAGUUAAUGACUUUUUAGACGCAGACCAAGGACCACAUACUGUAUAUGGACGCAGUGUAUAUUAGAGUCUUUAUUAACAAAAUCUCUUGAAUUAUUAAAUAGAUGGAAAAGCACCAAAGAUUCUUUGCAACCGACAAAAUACUACGAUAACUCCUUCAUCGAAGACAGUGCAGUGUCGUUGUCAACCUGGAUUUGAGAUUUUUCGAGGCAAGGAUGGACAAAUUCAGUGCAAACAGUGUUCAAAGGGGAGGUUUUCUACUGGUGUGAAAUGUGCUACAUGCAAAGUUGGUCAUGUAGCCUUUCCAGGCAAGCACUAUUUUUUGUGGAGGAAUGACACAUUACCAGAAGGCUUCUCUGCUUCUUGUUCCGGUGACUGUACUAUUGAGGUUUGUCAAAUAUUGAGAAGUUCUUUAAAAACUAUGUCGAUUGUUUUCAAGAUGGCGAGAAACACAGCUAGGUGCUCUCCGAACCCUUUAAGUCUCAAUUGUGACGAACAUCAAUUUUCUCCUAACAAUAUCCAUUUUUUGCCAAGAGAAAUAGUUAUGAGAGUUAAUAAAAUGAUCACUAAAGAGCAAAUGCUUUGAUCUGUUAUCAAACUCUCUCUUUUAAUUCUUGAAGGAAAUGUAUGGAGAUCAGUAUGGAGAAUUUAUAUUUGGAUAUUGGGGCUUAAAAGGGUUAAUGGACUAUAAGUAGUUCCUUAGGGAUAGUAGAGCGAGCAGAUGCACGAACGCGCGUGAAAAUCGCCACCCUCGAAGAAGGUCCUCCCUCCACGUGUCAUCCUCGCGGCUGGUCAUUUCUCACGCAUUCUCCUAUUUUGCUCGAACUACUAUUCCUCAGAAGAAUGAGGAAGAACUUGACUGUUAUAGGUAACUGCUAUGUCUCCUGAGCGUUCUUACUAGGGACCUUACAAAACUACGACGGCGAAGGCAUCGGAACCUCAGAAAAGCAAAGCAACAACUUUGCGCGUGCAUCACGCUUUUUUGUCAAUUUCUUUGCCUGCACAACUAAAAAUGGUCAAAUUUUAAGUUUACUUGAGAAGGGGAACGGCAAGGCGAUAAAUUCUACCAUCUCUGUCUGAACUCGUGCGCGGUCCCAUGCCUUCACUUCCAACCUAAAUUCCCUUCUUUUAAGUAAUAGGGCGACUUGGGAUAAUCGCGAAAUAGUUUCAACGGAUGUAAAGUCUAUUUUUACGCGGCGUUUUCGUGGACGUCGCCGUUGUCGGGUCGUAAGGUCCCUACUGAAAGUUCUAAAUAACAAGUUUUGAAAAACUGUUAAGUAGACUUGUUUUUAAAAGACCCAAGUGCACUUGAUCUGGUGACAGGCUCAUAAUGGCUAAAUUUGGCUGAAUUCCGGGACUCAGCCUCUUUAGGUAAUAGGAGACAGAACAGUCUGUCCGGUUUACAGUCAAGUCGCCCAAAAUUUUAUCAUGCCCAGCAACAUCCUAACAUCUUAAUCGCCCUUGUUUCGUUUCAUCAAAUCUUCAAGAUCAAGGUGUAUUACUCAUUUGCUUGUUUCAUUUCAUCAAGGCUAAAAGAAUGAGAUAUGAUACACAUUCAUCCCGCUUAUUUCGUCUAACCAUAGCAACAUUGCUUGAAGAACGAGAUUUGAUUACACAAUUGGCCUGCUUGUUUUGUCUCAUGAGAUAUAUUACGUACACUCCUUACAAAAAUUUCGGGCGACUUUACUAAAAAUUUCUAGCAAUUUAACUUCGGGCGAUUUGACCGCUUACCGUCUGGGUUCCCCAUGUAAGGUUAUCCAUGGCAGUCUUGGAUGCUGGAUUCCAGAUUCCUUGUCAGUGGAAAAUUGGAUUGUGGAUUCCAUGUCAAUGGAACCUGGAUUCAGAAUUCCAAUCAUUAGCCGGAUUCUGGAUUCCUUGAGCUGGAUUCCGGAUUCCAAAGCCCAGGAUUCCGGAUUUCACAAUCAAAUACUUUCCAGAUAAAUUCCGGAAUCUGGAUUACCUUACGUAGCUGUUCCUGAAAAAACAGAAUGAAUAAUCCGAAAUACCUUUUUUUCUAGACUGGUUGGAUUCCAGCUGGGGAUCACAUUCGCACAGAACGUGUUGUGGGUAAUGUGCACUCUGAAUUGAGGUCUCCUGAAGUAGAGGUGGAUUCAGAUUUAGCAAAGGUCGUCUUCAGCUGCUCAGUCCUGUGCAAUUGGACCGGAGUGCCAUCUAAACCCGUGAAAGGCGAGACUUUGGCUAAAAUAGAGAACUGCAAUCUCAUAUUUCAAGUGUGGAAGAAUGGUUCUCUGAAGGAUCAAGUAAACUGUACUCGUCCUAAAGGGAUGUUUAUUUAUCAACAUGAGAAGCGACGAGAUGGUAAUUAUGUCAUGCAUGUUUAUCCACUGGAGAAGGGAAGAUAUCAGUUCAGGUAACAGUUGAGACCUUUUCAGAGGAGUUCACGCUCAUAGUUGCAUCAUGGGUAAUCAGGGCAAGAUGGCGGGAAAUUCAAAGAUUUGUAUUGGAAUUCAAAGCCAGCUAAUCUUUCCUGAAUUCAUAUAUUUGAUGCUUUCUCUUUGAAAAGAGUAGCUUACGAGUUCAAAGAAACAAUACACUAAAUCUGGAGUGCAAAGAAUACUAUCGACUUUUCAAAGAGAAAGCAACAAUUGUAUGAAUUCAGGAAGAAUUAGCUGGCUAUGAAUUCCAAUACAAAUCUUUGGAUUUCCCGCCAUCUUGCCCUGAUUACCCAUGAUGCAGCUAUGAGCGUGAACUCCUCUAUUCUAAGACGAGGACAUUUCGAGAACGAGAUUUUCUCAAUACUAAGAAGUGCGCACGCGUGAACCAGCGUCAUGUUGGAGGAAAAUCGUGAUAGCCAUCGUCACUCUACUACGAGUUUUGCCGUAGUGGCGGAAACAUGUUAUCAAAUGUUGGAAGUUGGAUCAAUAUUUGCGGUCGGGAGAGUGCUAAUAACUUUUGUGGUGAAAAAAGUACAAUUUUUGGAUUUUAAUACUACUGAACCGAAAUGUUUAAGUUUAAGGGCCUUUCUUUUGGUUACAGAUGGACGUUCUACCAGCUAGACGAUACUUUCUCUUCAGCAUUUGAAGCGAAGGUAUCCAACAUAAGCAUCCUUGGUGCAAAGUCUGGCGCGGCUCGCAACUGUACAGCAUGCCCACCUGGAUAUCAUAGCACACCAGACAACACUGACUGUAAAAUUUGUCCAAAUGGAACUAGCAGUUUAGCAGGUUCUUAUAAAUGCGCUCCUUGUCAAGGGCAGACUUUUGCCGCACAGGUAUACAGCUUCACGUUUGCUACAAGAGUCAGUGAGGGUUCAGUCACACACACUUUGUCGUUUUGUGGUUAUAGCUUCUAAACAAUGAACACUUUGUUAUGAGUUGUGAGUAAGCCGGUCAGUCAUUCAGUUAAUCAGUUAAUCAGUCAAUCACUUUAUCAGCCAACAGUCAGUGAGUCAUACAUGAUUUUCAUAUAUUCAUAACUUCCUCAGUGAGUCAGUUAGUCAGUUAGUCAGUUUGUCAGGAAGGGAAACAGUCAGUUAGUCAUUUCAUUAGCCAACUAAGCAGUCAGUCAGUUAGACAGUCAGUCAGCUAGCCAGUCAGUCAUUCAGGUUAUCAGUCCCUCAGUCAGGCAGUCUGGUAUGAUGGUCAGGUAGUCAGUUAGUCAGCGAGCCAGCCAGCCAGCCAUUCAUUCAUUCCUGGCCAUAUGAAUGCUAGACAGUAAUCAAAUGGAAACGUGACCGCCCCUUAACGCAUCUGUCAUACACCAUGUAGUAACCUCACUUUGAAAUUAUUCUCGGAGAUCGAUUUACGUUGAGUUAUUUCUUGUGAUUUGAUGCCUGAGCUAGUGUUUUGUUUGUUUGUUUAGAAGGGUAGUAAAGAAUGCCUUCCUUGUGGAAGCAAUACAAAAGUUCUACCAAACAAAGAUGGCUGUGACACAAACGGAUGUAAAUUCAGUCCCGCACCUGGUGUAGAUUAUGACCUCUCUGCGCUUUCUCGUCCCGGCGGAUCAAUGAUUAAAGUCAGUUUACCAGAACUACACCGACGGCGUCGAAGGUAAAUUCCUUUCCUUCCCUCAUCCUCUCACCCAGAGUAUUUAAGGGUUGUAUUUGUUACGACCAAGAGGGGGUCGGAAAAGUUGUGAAGGAAGGUGUCUGCAGUCAUUACUGAUUCUUCACAACCAACCGGCGUUGACCAACUUUUGGAAGAUGCGAGCAAUCGAUGGUAUAUUGGAAUGGAAACGAGGUUGAUCGAUGGAUACAUUUUCCUGGAAACGAGGCUGAAGGGGAAUAGACCAUUGAUCAACCUCGUUUCAAGGUGCGGCCGCCCAGCCGUUUAUUCACGAGUGGACUAAGGAAAUUGCGUUCACGGCUAUCCAAAGACGAAAUAGCUAAAAUUCGAUCCAGAGAUUUCGGGAAAAAAAAUCUGAACGAAAGAAAUGCAAGAGUACGCAAAACAUAUUGUUCGAUGGAUGUUAUGUACUUUUUGAGGAGUAUCUGCAAAAAAAAAAAUGUUUGUAUCUUGAAACCGUACCGAGGAAUAGGCAAAACCUUAGAAGACUGGAGAAACCUUAGAAGACUGACUGGAGAACAUUCAAACUUCUUCGGAACAAAGUUGUCUUUCUUAUGAAUAAGUCUCGUCGUGAAUUUUACACAGAUUUUGUCAACAACAUUUCUGGAGAUCAACGCAAGCUUUUUGCUGCUACAAAGAAACUGUUCAAUCAGACAGCAGAUACGCCUUUUCCACCUCACGGCGAUAAGUUAGCCUUGGCUAAUGACAUGGGGUCGUUCUUUAUUAAGAAAAUAUCGGAUCUUCGUGUUAGCCUUGAUGCAACUGAGAAUUUGUGCAGCACUGUUAACCGCCAUUCUUCUCAUUGUUCUUCGUCCUUUACUGCUUUUCGCCGUGUAGACAUGGACUCUUUAAGAAAACUUGCGCUCAGAGCGCCGACAAAAUCUUGUUUACUUGAUCCUGUUCCCACUAAUAUCUUGAAAGAUUGCCUUGAUGAGUUACUUCCGAUAUUAUCUACUACGAUAAACUUGUCGCUUGAAUCAGGAUUUUUCCCUGACAUUUGGAAAGAGUCGAUUGUUACACCACUGCUAAAAAACAAGGUCUUGACUUGGUUUUUAAAAACUUUCGACCGAUCAGCAAUCUUUCCUUUGUUUCAAAAUUGGCUGAAAGAGUGGCAGCUGAUCAGAUUCAGUCCUACUUAAAUGAGCAUGAUCUUUUUCCUUCAUUGCAAUCAGCCUAUCGACGGCACCAUAGCACAGAAACUGCCCUGCUUAAAGUCAAGAAUGACAUUCUGAUGAACAUGGAAAAUCAGAAGGUCACGUUGUUAGUGCUUCUUGAUUUAAGCGCCGCGUUUGAUACCGUGGACCAUAGGAUUCUCUUAGAUCGCCUUCAGUUUGAUUUUGGAAUUUCAGGCUCUGCACUUAAUUGGAUUGAAUCGUACCUUUCUAACAGAACCCAGCGCAUCUAUAUAGACGGAGUUCUAUCGAGUAAUUUUAAUCUUAAAUUUGGAGUUCCACAAGGCAGCUGUCUCGGGCUGUUAUUGUUUUCCCUCUAUGCUAGUAAACUUUUUAAGAUCGUCGAAUCACAUCUUCCUAAUUCCCAUUGUUAUGCAGAUGACACGCAACUGUACAUCGCGUUUAGAUCAGGAAAUGAUUUGGAGGAGACCGCUGCUAUAACUGCCAUGGAAUCAUGUAUUGCUGAUAUCAGUAGAUGGAUGCAUUCGGAUAAGUUAAAACUGAAUUCCGAUAAGACAGAAUGUCUUCUGAUUGGAACACGACAACAACUUCAGAAAGUCAGUAACAUUAGUACCUUAUCGGUUGGGGACUCCCAAAUUGCUCCAUCUUCUGAAGUUCGAAACCUAGGAGCUUGGUUUGAUUCUAAAAUGAGUAUGCUAAGUCAUAUCAACAAAACUUGCUCAUCCGCUUUCAAUUAUCUUUAUAACAUGCGUAGAAUUAGGAAAUAUUUAAGUCGUUCAGUCACCGAAUCAUUAGUUCAUGCUUUUAUCACCAGUAGAAUAGAUUAUUGUAAGAGUCUACUAUAUGGCCUCCCGAAUUCACAUAUCAUGAAACUCCAACGGAUACAGAAUGCCGCGGCUCGGUUGGUCACCGGAACACCUAGAUUCUGCCAUGUUACACCAUUGCUUUUCCACCUUCAUUGGCUUCCAAUAAGUUACCGUAUAAAGUUUAAGAUUCUACUUUUGACAUUUAAGUGCUUAUAUGGUCAAGCUCCUAAUUAUCUAAUUGAUUUCAUUACUACCAAAAAGCAAUCCAAGUACUCUCUAAGGUCAAAUGAGUCUAUAUUCCUCGAGUUACCAUGCAUUAAGACCCAUCCAACUCUUGGCGAUCGUGCAUUCCAGUCAGCUGCACCUUAUCUCUGGAAUGCAUUACCUUCGGAAAUUCGCAACAUGAAGACAUUGGACACUUUUAAGACUGCUGUUAAAACUCAUUUUUUCAAUUUAGCUUUUAAAUAGAUUUAAUUGUUGGCUUUUAUUUAUUUAUUUUUAUUUAUAGUUUUUAAUACUUUUUAUUGUAGUUUUUAAUAGUUGCUCAUGCUUUAGUCACCUUUAACAUAAAUUUAAUAUAACAAUAUUGUAAAGCGCAACCGAAUAUAUUCAUAUAGAGGUUUGCGCUAUAUAAAUGUAAAUUAUUAUUAUUAUUAUUAUAAGAAAGUCUUCGAGGAUAUAAGCUAAGAUCUUAGAAAUCUUUUGAAUUCGACAUUCAUAUGUUGUGACGAAUCAUGUUAUCCACCUCAGGGUAACAACCGGUUUCGCUACUUGUCGAAUUCUCUACGUCUUAGUUCGCAACAAACUCGCUACAUAGUACUUUCUAUAAGCCACUGAAAAUACUCCCUUAGUCGCUUUAGAAAAAAAAUCUUUUAAUGUAUUUCUUGCAGUUUCGGGCUUUGUAAUAGGCAGCGAGACGAAUAUGUACGUGGGCCUCGGCACACCCAAAGGACGAGACUCAAACGAACUCGAACGUAGCGAAGUUGUGAAGUAGCGAAACCGUUGUAAAGCCACCUCGGCCUUCAGCCUUGGUGGAGAACAGUCUCCUGGAUCUUCAUAAUAGACCCUCCCUCUGUUUAUUCAACUUUUGAUAUGCACCAGUUAAGGAAAACCGUCGAUACCACUGGAAAGAUUGCCUUGAAAUUAAUUUUAUUGCCAAUUUCAAAGUGAUACGUCUAAAGCGUUCGAAGAUAUAAUAGCUCCGUUAGGUUGUGAAAAUUUACAGAUGUUUGUAUGGUGGGGGGCAAGUUUGUGCCCCCACCCCUCUCCCCCGCCCCCCACCACACCAUACAGACGUCGGUAAAAUUUGGAUCAUUAUACCGUAACCCUAACCCUAACCCUAACCCUAACCCUAACCCUAACCCUAACUGCUGUUCUACCCCUCCCCUAAGCCACAUUAACACUUACUUCUCAAUUAGGGCAAAAUGUUGGCAUAGGGGAGGGGUAGGUGGGCAGUUUCCCAGAAACGUAUAAUCAUCCAAAUUUUACAAAAAUCCAAUUUUUUUUUACAAUUUCGCGAGUUUCGGGAGCUAUUUCUUCAUUAGUUUUUACCAAAUCACUUUCCAACUUGGCAAUUUUAUUAAUUUUAGGGUGCUCUUUUCAGAGGUGUCGACGGAUUUUCCUUAACUUGUCCACGUCAAAACUUGAAAACUAUUGCUAAUUAUCAUUGUUUUCUUGUUAUUGCUUUCUUUCUUUAGGAGGUUCAGCGAUGACUAUAUAUAUUUUUACACUUCAGAAUAUUAUUUCAACCUUUGCACCGUUGAUCAUGACAAUAGCUCGUGCACAUCUCGUGACUGGAUCAGCGGUAAAAGAGUUCCCCUUCCCGUGAUGGCUUGCGGUUCCUCUUGGUACAAUGACGUAAGCGUUGGGUCCGUGAUUGGCUACAAACGAAAACCGGAUAUCCGCUCUGGCUUGAUUGUGGAGUUGCUUCACGGUAACAAAUGUCCCCCUGCAAGUGAGUGCAGCCAACGAGUUGUUAACAAGUUGUAAGAAACAGUAACAGAUUGAAAAUUGAACACAAUAGAGGAGAGAAGUCGUUACGUCAUGGUGCCAUGGCAGCAAAAUUUCUGGAUCUCAACAAACAGAAAAUUUGAAUUCGCAUUGUUUUAAACUUCAUCGCUCCUUGUCAAUUUCUUUCGAUUUGUCAAAUGUUGGCGAAAUUUUCUCGGGUUCAAUCCGAAAAGACUGAAUCUAAGUUUAGAAAUAGAAAAAGAAAAUUGUUGUCUCGUGUUCACGUACUCCAUCAAGCGGGGGCCGUGAAAUUAGGAUGUUCCAUGUCGCAGUCGUGCAACGACGGCUUAGAAAUGUACAAAAAAAGGCGUGGUACCCGUGCAACUACUGUAAGCAUACCGUAAAAUUCCGAAAAUAAGCCCCUCCAUAUAUAAGUCCCUCCAAAUAUACCCCCCUGGGGGCUUGUAUUUGGAAAAAUGCCCUCAAAUACAAAGUAAAACAAAGCAAAAACGGUAAAUUUACUUCCAACUAUACGGCUAGCCUAAUCGACUUUGAAACGCAAAUUUCCCUCCGUAGAUAAGCCCCUCCGAAUAUAAGCCUCUCAAAAAGGGCCUUUGAAAAAUAUAAGCCCUUGGGCUUAUUUUCGGAAUUUUACGGUAUUGCUUUUUUGCCGUUCUCGUUGCCGUCGCCGUCGUCCUUGCUUAAGCUCCCUAUUGUUGUGAUCCAGAAAUUUUGCUACCAUGGUAACGUGAUAUCCCCUCGCCUCUUUAUAACAAAAGUUAGCUACAAAUGCAUUCGUCCUCCAUUACAAUCCUAUAAUGCAGUUCGAAACAACACCGACUUUGUCCCAGGCUAUGUGCAGACGACACUCUCCGAAUUUUUGAUCGGUUGAAAAUUCGUGCGUUUAGUUGUUGCUUUCACUCGGAACCACCAUAACGGUAUGAAAAUGUAGACGCUAAGCCGUUCAAUAGAGAGCUUUAGAUUGACGACGAGUACCAGUGCGAGAUUUAACUUAAAGUUUUUGCGCGUGUUCUAAAAAAAAACACCUCGGAAAGCUUCAUUUUCCUUUUUCUCACGAAAACAGUUAGUAUGGUUAUUAUACUGAAGGAGGUUAAGCCGUCUCCCGAUAGAAAAAUGAUAAAACUUCUUACAUUUGAUAACUUGUUCCCGCCACUACACCUAAAGUCGUAAUAGAAUAACGACUACCACAUUUUCCCGCCAAAAUGACGCUGGUUCACGGGCGCGCACUACUCAGUAUUGAGAAAAUCUCGUACUCGUAAUUGUCCUCGUCUCAGAAUCUAAAGCUCUCUAAUGUUUCGUGUGAACAGAACGAAAAUCUUGAACGGUGCAAUGUGAACCAAGUGUGCGGUCGAAAUUUCGUCUGAUGCCCUGUGCACGUAGCUUCAGCCGUAACCUGGAAAAUGGCCAUUACACUUGUAAAAGGCGCGGAAGGAGAGUGGACACUUUGACACGUGCUGUUGUCAAGGUGACCGGCGCGACCAGUAAUACCUGCGAGGAUCUAACUAACGUGCUCUCGCAAAGAAUAGGAAGCUUAAGCAACGGCGUCGUCGACGGCAACAAAAACGGCAAAAGCAAUAUAUUUAGGUAAGUAAAAGAACAACUUUACAUGUGCAUCACGCUUUUUUGCCAUUUCACAUGUCUUUAUCGAUAUCGCACAAUUCCAUUUUCACGUUUUAUUGAGCUUGGAUGCUGUCCGUUGGAAUUCAAGUUUUGCGUGGCGUUUCCGGUGCCGUCGGUCGCCGUCGUAGUUGCUUAAGCUGCACUAUACCUUGAUUGAAGCUGCCUACCCUAUCACCUCACCCGAACGGAACUGGAGGCGGACCUCAGGUUAAGCGACGCGCGUGCCAAAAAAAUAUUUAUCAUAGGACUUGAGCUAUGAUGUCUUUUUUGAUUCUGUCUGAAGGAAGCAAUGACCGAUACAAAACACGUAUUGACUUCAGAUGUGACGUUACAGCUGGAGUGGGUCAGCCCGGAAGAGAGAGCAACUCCUCUUUAGUUCAACAUGGCUGUGAAUUUCGAUUUGUUUGGAAGUCCUUGUACGCAUGCCCGAAAUGCCGAGAACAAGACAUUACGCGGAUUAAGGGAGAAUGCAUAAACGGAACCCGGAACGUCACGGUACUGCGUUCUAUCCCAUGCUGGGCACCUGAUGAAUCCCCCGGCGCUAAUGUCACGACAGAAGAGUGUGUCACGCCAACUAAAUUUGUCACGGUUACAGUCACGGCUACUGUUCUGGCUUUUAGAGAAAAGGUAUCAAGCAAAGUAAACAAGAUUUUGAUUGGCGUGGGAGUAGUGGUGAUUGUACUUUUAUUGGGCGUGGCUUUGUUCUUUGUCUACAAGAAUCGCACGAUCAAGUAUCGGUACUUGAAUUGGAUGUCACGUAAUAAACCCAUGAGUCGUCUUGAACAAGAAGAUGACGAAGAUCACUUUAUCGAGGGUGACGAACUCGCUUACCCCUCAGAUGAUAAAGAUGAGCCAUUCCGAACCUGA